ACCGCUUUUUAAUUGGUUGUUUGCUAGUUUGAAUGUCUAUUUACUGCUAAUGCCAUUUCAUGCUCGACCCCCAGAGGCACUUUCUGCUUAUUUUUUAAAGGUUAAUUGUAUGAAACUUGGCUAAGAUUUGUUUUUAUUUCUUUUUUCAUCCUUGAAUUGCAAGGUGUUUAGAAGAAGAUUUGCACAUCCAUUAUCCAUUGUGAUGCCUGCCUUGAUAGAGGAAGAGGAAGGCGAAGGUGAAAGGCGCUCCGGAGACAAAGCAGGCUGGAAUGUGACACGUCAGACAUGCCGAGAGAUUGACAGCAUUCCUUUUCACCUUUUCGCCAUACAAACAACGCUGCCUUAUCUCCAGGAGGACAAAGUGUGACCUGUGUGAGAUGACAAGAAGCCCUCUCCUGAUUUCUUAGGCCUUCCGUCACACCAUGGCAUCCACGGUGUCGCCUGUACCUCGCGGCAUUUUCGCCCCGCCGUUGCCACCACGCCCGGCCGUCUGGCCUCCUCUGGACUUUGCCCUGGGUGCUUUGGCUUGCUGCGCCGCUUGCGUCUUCACCAACCCUCUGGAGGUGGUGAAGACGCGUCUGCAGCUUCAGGGCGAGCUGCGGGCGCGGGGAACCUACCAGAGGCACUAUCGCGGAGUCCUCCAGGCUCUUUGGGUGGUGGGGCGCACUGACGGGCUCCGGGGUCUGCAGAAGGGGCUCUCUGUGGGGUUGGUCUACCAGGGGGUGAUGAACGGGGUGAGGCUGGGGUCCUAUUCUUACUGUGAAGCUCUGGGCAUCACCUCAUACCAUGGAGGAAGUGUUCUAUCGGGGGCCGGGGCAGGGGCCCUUGGGGCUUUUAUUGCCUCUCCUGCUUACCUGGUGAAGACGCAUCUGCAGGCUCAAACAGUGGAAGCCAUAGCAGUGGGCCAUCAGCAUAACCAUCUGGGAGUGUGCGAUGCCUUUGUUAGCAUCUACAGAAAAGACGGUUUCAUCGGACUGUGGAGGGGCGUGAACGGGGCCGUGCCUCGAGUCAUGGUCGGCUCGGCUGCUCAACUGGCAACCUUCACCUCGGCCAAGGAGUGGGUGUCACAUUCCCAGCGGUUCAGCCCGGGCAGCUGGCUCACGGCUUUGGUAGCGGCCAGCAUCAGCGGGGUCGCCGUGGCCGUCACCAUGACACCCUUUGACGUCAUCAGCACACGACUCUACAAUCAGCCGGUGGAUGAGUUUCAAAGGGGCCGCCUCUACAGAGGCUUUUGGGACUGUCUGCUGAAGGUGUGCCAAGCUGAAGGCCUGCUGGGUCUGUACAAAGGCAUGGGCCCCGUGUUCCUGCGCUUGGCUCCGCACACGGUUCUCAGCAUGCUCUUCUGGGACGUGAUGAGGCAGCAGGCGGUGGAGGGCACGCAGGUCCCUGGACGGGGAUGAAUGGACCCAAAUACGACA